AUUUAGCCCAGAAUGUCCCCGCAUGAGGAUCGGGCUCCUCUCGCAAAGAGAAGGAAGCUAGAUGAUCCCCAAGAAUCCGGAGAUUCUCCUGUCAUCGCAUCACAUCUAGAGCUCCGUUCUCUGCUACUUUUUCAGCAGAAUGUCCCGGAAUCAAAGCAUGGAGUAAGGAAAUUCAAGGAAUUUCUCACUUCUAUCGCUCAAGCGGAGAAUGAAGGCGAGAAGGCUAAAAAGUUCCGCAUCCUCAAAGCUUACUGCGACUCCCAAAUCUCUCGCACUACCGAGGAGCCAGUCUGUUUCCCGGAUUUGGUCCAAACCUGGGGAUUCGCCGAUACCAACAACAAUGAGUCCUUGUUGACGGUUGUCCCCUCUGUUCUGGCGCUGUUCAUUAAGACAGUGUCGAGCCAUUUGGGGUUCCGCGACUUCGGCAUCGCCUUGUGCAAAUAUCUGCUGCAAAAGGAGCAGCUCCGUUUGUUCAAUCGGGGUCUUACGGCGAAUAAAUCCAAGGAGCACUUGAUCUCGCCUUGUCUCCGUCUCUUGACGGAAAUUGUCAGUUUUGAUGGCGGCGCGGUCGCAAGGCAGCUCUAUCUUGCCCGGUACAUUACCUUCAAGCGGAUUGAUGUCUUUUUGACGCCGAAUAAAGCGCAACUAGAGGAAACCUCAGACGACCCCAAUGCGUCUACGCUGCGGAGAAAUGCUCAGAGAUAUGUCCUGGCCAAUUUGAAAUUCCAGCAUGUCACGUCGAAAACCGAUGUUAUUGAGCAGCAAAAGGUCAUCAGGGCAUUCAUUGAAUACCUGAAGAAAGACCCGCGAGAGAUUGUUGUUGAAGUCAUCAAAUCUAUCGAUCGGGAUAUAGUCCAGGAUGCAUCUCUUUCCAGACAAACGAAAACGAAGUUCUUCAGCCGCUGGAAUCUGGAGAGAUUGGUCACGCUUUAUGGGUAUGACCGAGAAUCUGAACAGUCAAAUGCGACCAAUAUCUCGAUCGCUGAUGAGAUUCACAAAAUAUUGAUGGCUGUUGGCACGAAAACCGAACAUGGUGUCUUGCUGUCGGAGACGGGCUGGUAUCCCAAUGGCAGUGAUCCCGAAUCGCCUCCUCUUGACGAUGACACAUCGAUUGAUCUCGGGCUGGACUCUGCAGCCUUCGUAGACAAAUUCAAAGAGUCUGUUCCAGUCCGUAACGGAACGCUCUCUUACCUUAUCCAGACUCUUCGUCCGGAGUCGGAUAGCCAACAGAUUGAACUACUGCUGGCGAUCUUCAAAGCUGCACCAGAGCUCAUCGCUGACUAUUUCACGAAGAAAACCAUGUUCAUUUCGGAUCCUAAACCUACUCCUUCGUGGAUGGCAGAGUCUGCAGUGCUCUUUUCCGCGGUUAGACUGCCUGUUCCUGCCCACUGUGGUUGGAAGGAUAAGCUACCCACUAUGCCUCCGCCAGUCUCCGUCGUUAUCGAGAAUGUGCUCCCACGGCCCCUCACGCAAAAGAUUCUAACUCGGUGCCUGAACGUGAAUGCGGAAAUUGUCACUCUCUUUGCUGUUCGAAUUUUGACCUUAUCUUUCCAUAAAUUGAAAGCCGUCUUGAAAAUUUUCCAUGCUGAUCACGGAGCCAGCCAACCUCUUUGGACCCAGGCUGCAGAAAAGCUGGUGGUUGAGUUCUGUCACCGAUGCCCUCUGGUGAAGGAUGUCGUAACUCUGUUCAGACGAACGGCGAAGGACGAUUUGCAACAACAAGACGCUGUUUCGGAGCUGCUUGCAUGCUUCUACGAAGUGACCCCCGACGCUGCCUUUGAUGAGGGAUUUGAUGUGUCACUGGUUCUGGUCGAUGCUCUGAAACGACUAGACGAGGAAAAUCUCGGGGAGGAGGAUUCUGAACUUCUGCUCAGUCUACUACAGAAUAUCCUCAGAAUUGCCCAACAGUCCGCGUCCCUUCGCUGGUGGCAACAACCUGGUUCCAUGCAGUUUUCCGCAUUUACGUCUAUCCUAAAAGUUCUCAUUGAAGCUUCCUCAAGAGACUCUCUCAAGGAUAUUGAUGCCCUUCUCCGAAAUGUACUGACAGAACAUUCGGUUCUUCAACGCACUUCAUCGUUUCCUGCCCUUCUGUCAAGUUUCGAAUCUUCGGACUCGGAUUCCCUCCAUCACCAGUUGGUCUUUUUUGAUAAUUGCGCCUGCCGUAUAGCUAAAAAGCCUGUUCAUUAUUUUGACUUGUUGGGAUCGUUGGUGGAGGAUACGUCACAGUCUCUUAGUCCCCUCGUGGCGGCCGUUGUCGAACAAUGGCCGUUCAUUUUCAAGGCGGGGAAAGCGGAAGUGGAAAAAGCUGUGGGCGCAUUUGUUGUCAACUUACUGAAGAAUCUCCGUUCAUCUGGGGAAGAUCUGCGUGCAUUGAAAGCUGCGCGGGAUCCAUUGGUCAAUGCAACCGAUGACAAAAAGCUCAAGUCGCGGCUGAAGAAAUCCUUGAAAGAGGCUGAGGAUGUGCAAAAUGACACUGAUAUGCGGGAUGCUGAGUCUGACCCAGAGAAGCCUCUCCCUUCGAAAGGAGAAAAGCAGGACGUGGACUUGAUCGAAAUUUUCGGCGCUCUACCUGCCGAGGGCACAACACACAACGAAUUACAUCGCUGGGAACAGAAAGACCUGGAAGUGUCGGUGGAAGAAGGUCAUAUUGCAGAGCUCAUGCGUUGUUUGUCCUCGGAGCACGAAGAAGUGCGACGACAGGCCUUCGCAGGUAUACCGCGGUUCAUGUUGAAGUUAAAGGAAUCCAAAUAUGCGGAAUGGCGAUCUACAUACAUUCUUACAGGAGAGCUGCUUGAAACCGUAAAACAGCUCGGGCUUGAAUCCCCUAUCCCGUGGAUUGUCGGGGAAUGCGCUGCCAGCUGCUUGGCGGUUCUUGUAAAUCCCAUGCAUAAACUUUAUGGAAAGGUCAACAAGUUCCUCCAAAAGGCUCCUUCCUGGGAACCGGAGAAGAUCCCAUCUUACUGGAUCGACAAGAUCCUGUUGCAUGAACCGGAGUUGGAUGACGGUUAUUUCGAAGAAGUAGGCUGGUUACUUGACUUGCUGAUCAAGGGUCUACGCGCUGGAAACGAUAUGGAUAUCUACCGUCGAGCUAACGUUUUCGAGCGCGUUCUCGCGUUUUACGACUCACCUAGCGCCGGGUUCUCCGCCAAGAGGCGGAUUCUACAUUUGCUGUUCCGGGCAACUCAAGUCCAAGGCAGCACAACCCUGAUCACUCGAGCAGGUAUCAUUAGCUGGAUCCAGAGUCAACUCCCAGGAGUGAGCGGAAGAGACGAGUCCACCCUGACGGCUAUGGCGCAGUCAUUGUAUGAGUCGUCAGACCAGGACCGGGCUGCCAAAUGGAGUGGAGGUGCAGUAUUCCAGACGGUUGAAGACCUUGUGGCAUAAUUUUUUUUUUUUUUGGUCAUCUGGAGGAAGACCUGGCUAGUUUGACGACUUUCAGUAACUAUAGCAUAGAUAUGUACAUACCUAGGUAGGAGGUUAAACCGCUUGUUUCGAUUCUGGACAAGUUGAGAGUGUACUUUUCAAAAGAAUCUCAGGGACACCACACCCCCCUAUAGUGCCAGGAAUGAUAAUACUUUUU